UGUAGCUCCAUUCUACCACCAUGCCACCCAUAGGUCGAUGGUCGCUUCGUGCUAUAGGUCCUUACAGCGCUCGUUCGUCGCACUGUGUCGUAGCGACGAACUCUGGGCAGGUCGUCGUUUAUGGUGGUGAGCUGAAGCCACGCGUUCCUGUCGAUUCGGCGAUCUCGCAAGGAGAGAACGAAGCGGCGCGGGGGUCAAUGCAUGUCGUUGACCUCGGAUCGCGUAGCGAGUUGGGCCGCAUCGUCGAUCGCUUGAAGACAUGGUCUACACUCAGUCCUUCUCGACUCGGAGACACCAAUGCAGCCAACAAAGAUCUUGAUGCCCCCAAUCCCAGAGUUGGUCCGUCAAUGGUGUUGAAGGAUAACGCCGUGUAUAUAUGGGGAGGUCGUGGAGGCGUAGAUAUGGCGCCGCUUGACAACGAACAGGCAGGGGUAUGGAAGGGCCAACUGGUCACUGGUCAAGAGCGCGUUGAUUGGGAGCACUUACCCGCUGAAGGAGGACCUGAACCCAGAAGCUACCAUACAACUGCUAUUCUCGAUGACACGAUGUACAUCCAUGCUGGAUGUCCGACCACCGGACGACUGAGCAGUCUCCACUCAUUUGACAUCACUCAGCAGAAGUGGAAAACGUUAGCUUCUGCCCCAGAGCCGCCCAGAGGUGGUACCUCUCUCGUCGCAAACACCAUCGAGCCGUUCGGUCCUGUGCUCAUCAGAUACGGAGGAUUCAGUGGAUACGAACUCCCCAAGGAAGCUGGAAUCCUCGAUGUAUAUGUCGUCAAAGACGACAAAUGGCUCACUGUGACGCCUGCUGCAGACCCGGAGCACGGCGUCCCGGGCCCACGAUCUGUCCAUGGAUUCCAACCCUUCCAAUCCUCCUCGUCCUCCUUGUCUCAUGCUCUAGCAGUCCUCUUCUACGGAGAGAGGGAUGCUAGUUCGUUGGGACAUGCGGGUGCAGGGACCUUCUGGAAUGACGCUUGGCUCCUCUCCAAGGACAAGCCGUCUUCGGAGACGGAUGGUUGGCAGUGGACCAAGAUCAUCACUGACGAAUCAAAGGUGCCCGAAGGAAGGGGCUGGCUCGCCUCCGCCGCGUGGGUAGAGCACGGUACUUCUCGUAUUGUCAUGCAUGGCGGGCUGCUUUCCUCGAACAAGCGUAGCGACGAGCUCUGGGAGUUGCAGAUCGAAUAAGCAUGUACGUACAUCAGGGGUUGUAUCGCAUAUGAUUGUACAA